AUUUCACAUUUUUCUCGCGUACGAUUUGGAGGGAACCAAACACGUUUUGGCGCCAGAGCGCGUGUGAGUAGAAAAGGAAAAAGAGGCUGAGGAUAAAGAGAACGUGAAGCGGGGGGAAAUAUGAAUCGAACCCCUAGCAGCCUUAGAAGUAUUCUCAAAAGAGCGCGCAGCUUUAUUGGACUCGCCACCACUUCUGUCGCUGCCUCUUCUCUGUCUACUGCCUCCUCCUCCUCUGCUCCUAAGUUAACCACAACCAACGCCAUGGAGGAUCUCAAGACCCGUCUCUGCAUCAUCGGCAGCGGCCCUGCCGCUCACACUGCUGCCAUCUACGCUGCCCGUGCCGAGCUCAAGCCCAUUCUUUUUGAGGGUUGGAUGGCCAACGACAUCGCUCCUGGUGGCCAGCUUACUACCACCUCCGAGGUUGAGAACUUCCCCGGUUUCCCUGAGGGGAUUCAGGGCGGCGAGCUUAUGGACCGAUGCCGCGCCCAAUCCAUUCGCUUCGGUACCCAGAUCUUCACCGAAACCGUUAACAAGGUCGAUUUCUCCUCCAAUCCCUUCAAGGUGUUCACCGAUUCCAAGGCCGUCCUCGCUGAUUCUGUCAUCGUCGCCACCGGCGCCAUUGCCAAGCGCCUUAACUUCCCUGGUUCGGACACCUUCUGGAAUCGAGGCAUCUCGGCCUGUGCGGUAUGCGAUGGGGCCGCCCCAAUUUUCAGGGACAAGCCUCUGGCCGUGAUUGGCGGAGGGGAUUCGGCCAUGGAAGAAGCCAACUUUCUCACCAAGUAUGGAUCCAAAGUCUAUAUAAUUCACAGGAGGGAUGCCUUUAGAGCUUCGAAGAUUAUGCAGAAUAGGGCCUUGAGCAAUCCUAAGAUCGAGGUCAUUUGGAAUUCGAUGGUGGUGGAGGCUAACGGAGAACGCCUGUUGGGUGGGCUGCAGGUGAAGAACGUCGCGACUGGACAAGUAUCUGAUUUGAAGGUGUCUGGAUUGUUCUUUGCCAUUGGGCAUGAGCCUGCUACCAAGUUCUUGGAUGGGCAGCUACAACUCGACUCCGAUGGUUACGUUAUGACCAAACCAGGCACCACCCAGACCAGUGUACGUGGUGUUUUUGCCGCUGGAGAUGUCCAGGACAAGAAGUACAGGCAGGCUGUUACUGCUGCCGGCACUGGUUGCAUGGCUGCCUUGGAAGCAGAACAUUACUUGCAAGAGAUUGGUUCCCAGGAAGGUAAGAGUGAUUGACUAUCUAAGAUAUAAGAGGUACAUGGGAGCUACCCAGUGAUAUGUAAUUUUUAAACAACAAAGGGACAAAGUACCUCACUGGACACAUUGCAGUCAUUUAGUCGGACAAUAUUCAACGUUUCGUUACAAAAUGAACUUGAUUGAAUUUAUGUUCGCUCAUUUUACCAAUUCAAUUUGAAAUGGAAUUCGUGGGAUGUAAUUUUGUGUACGCCUUUCCUUUCAUCUGAUUUCGUAUUUAAUUAAUGAAUGGUGGAAAUUUUAAA